AUGAUAGCGAGGGAUGGACAAGGGAUGCUGAAGCUGACAAUAGAUGGAACUUUUCGGAUCACCAUGGGCCUCAUAAUCCCCACGAUGAGGAAAAACCGCCGUGGAAUUCCAAUACUUGUCAAGGAGAAAAGAUUGAAACGAGGAGAGUUGUACUAUCAACAAAAGAAGGAUGACAUUAUGGUUUCAAAACUGAAGGAUAAGAGAGAUCUCCUGAUGAUUUUAACAGUCCGCGAUGGGAAAAUUGGUUCAUCGAAAAAACCAAUCGUUGUUGAGGGUUACAAUAAACUAAUGGGAUUUGUAGACCAAAAUGACUAG